UUUUUUUUUAAUUUUAAAAUAAAAUCCCUAACUACAGUAGUUUUUAAAUAAUUUAUUCUUAUUAGGCAUUUAAUAUUUUCUAAAAAUGUCUGAAAAUAAGAAAAGAUGCGCAAUCGUUGGCGCGGCAGUGAGUGGGUUACCUUCAGCCAGAUGGGCAAUUGAGUAUGGUUAUGAACCAGUUAUUUUUGAACGUCUUGAUCAGCUUGGGGGUCUCUGGCGUUACAAUCCUGAACAGUUUGGAAAUGAUAUAGCUAGUGUUAUGAAAUUUACAGUUAUAGACACAAGCAAAGAAAUGAAUGCUUUCAGUGAUUUCCCGCCACCAGAUCACUUUGCUAAUUAUAUGCAUAAUACUAAAAUGAUAGAAUAUUUGGAAUUGUAUGCAAAACAUUGGAACUUGGAUAGAUACAUUCGCUAUAGAAAUACGGUAACUUCUGUGUGUCGAGCUGACGAUUAUGAAGAAACUGGAUGUUGGACAGUCUGUUGGGUUGAUGAAAAUGGACAAAAUAAAAAAGAAAUAUUCGAUUGUGUCCUUUUAGCUCAAGGACAUCAUGCUAAACCAAAAAUUAUUAGUUUUCCUGGCCAAGAGCUUUUUCAGGGAAAGAUAAUACAUUCACACGAAUAUAAGGAUUCGAAAAACUUUGAGGACAAAAUUAACGUUGUAGUUGGUGUUGGGAAUAGUGGAAUGGACUUAGCGGUGGAAUUGGGCCGUGUUAGCAAACUCUGUUAUUUGUCUACGAGGAGAGGUGCAUGGGUUGAUAAAAGAGUUGGCCCUGGUGGAAUUCCAGGAGACUAUGCUACUACUCGUUUUAAAUGCUGUUUUUGGGAUGUUUUGAUACCCGAAAAUUUGCGCAGCUGGCUGAUUAUAAAUCAAUUACAGAAACGUUUUGACCAUGCUAAAUAUGGAAUGAAACCCAAACACUCAUUUUAUGGUCAACACGCAACGAUAAGUGAUGAUCUUCCAACACGUAUUAUUACUGGAUCUGUUGUGGUUAAAACAAAUAUUCGCGAAUUCACCGAAAAAGGAAUUGUUUGGACAGAUGGGACUUUUACAGAUAAUAUCGAUAAUGUGGUAAUGUGCACUGGUUAUCAUUUCGAUUUUGAUAUAGUGGAGGAAGGGAAACUUAUUCCAGUUAAGGAUAACCAAGCUAAAUUAUAUAAAAACGUGUUCCCUCCAUCUCUUGCAAAAUGGAAUAGUUUGGCAAUUAUUGGGUUAGUUCAGCCGUCAGGUUCGAUAUUACCAGCAGCUGAAUUUCAGGCAAGAUUAUUCUUUGCUGGACUCAAUAGAGAAGCAAAAUUGCCUACCGGUCCAGAAAUGGAAAAGGAAGUUGAUCAGUACAGAGAUUGGUUAACAAAAACAUUUGUGGAAAGUACACGGCACACAAUCGAAGUAGAUUGUGUGCCUUAUAUGGACUCAUUAGCUGAAAUUCUUGACUGCAAGCCCAAACCAAUGGAUUAUAUUUUAUCAGAUCCGCGCUUAGCAUAUGCCCUCAUUUUUGGGCCAAACGUCUCUUAUGUCUAUAGACUUCGAGGAACUAAAGCUUGGAGUGGGGCACGUGAUGCAAUUCUUGGGGUAAAGAAAAGAACAGAGAUUUGCUUGACUGAAAGGAAAAUUGAUGAAGAUAACAAUGUUUUGGUGGAUAAUUUUGUCUGGUUAAUAUUAAUGUCCGGGUCGAUUGGGAUAUUAAUAUUAUUAUUAGUUAUAAAACUAAUUUUUCUGUAGGAAAAAAAUAUUUUAAAGUCGGACCUCGCUAUUAGAUUAAAGGUUGAAGCAAAUAAAUAUUUAAAUAAUGAGGGAUAUCUAGUUAAUGUCCUACAUACUGUAUUGCUAUCAAUUUGAAAUUAGUACAAUUUAAUGAAUUUUAUAAUGUAAAACUCUAACAAAUCCAUUAUUAAGUGUAUAAAAUAAACGCUUUUAGUCCAGCGACUAAUUUUUAUUCACCUCUUCACAUCAUUUUAUUUUCCGGUUUAUUGCUCUUGAGCGAUUAGUCCCUUCUUCAAGUCUAACUGUGUCCCCGUGGACCAACUCACACCCAACUCAUUAUAUUUGGAAUGCUUUAAUAAAAUCUUUGUUAAGCUAAGUGUCACCUUGAGCUGAUUAAUUUUAGGAAUGACAAUCACUGCGCCUCCCCUGUCGUUUUCAUCGAGCUUUACAAAGCCUCGCGCUCCAGUUGUACACAGAAGGCUCUCAAAAUAUAUAC